AUCAGGACCCAGGAGAGUCCAAACCUGCUAGAACAUCAUGAACCUUUCUGGAGAUAAAAGGACAGAAAUAGAGCCGUUUAGAAGAGGAGCUUCAUCUCAUAUCACUGCUAUCAUAACUGACCCUUUCCUCUCUGAAGUGGCGGCGUUCUGGACUUUAAUGUAUGGCAGUGGGUUCUGAUGUGAUGUGAUGAGAUGAUCCUCACAGAGAAUCACAGAAAUAAAAUGAUCUCACUCAGACGUCUUUCUGAGGGAGUCGAGUGGAAGAGGAAGCGACUCUGAGCUGAAAGGGGAGGAGCGACGACAGACCACACAGUGCAGAUCACGUCUUCAGUGUCUCUGCUGACUUUCUCUCUGCUGAGAUCAGAGCAGUUCAUAAGUGUAGGAGAGUCAGAGUGAGGAGCUUCUGGACCUUCUGGACCUUCAGGUAUCCGCUGGGUCUGAAGAGCGAUGCUGCCAUGUUUUCCCAGAGCUCAGUAAAUAUUCCAGCAGCGCUGAUCCUCAUUUUACUGGCAGAUAUCCUGGAUUUUCGAAACAGCUGCUGGUGUCCGAAACAACACUGCAGUGUUUCAUCCAUCUUUUGGAGUCUAUUACCCAGAGUCCCUGCUGAAAGGCCGCGUGAGUUUCACGACUGACCCGCCCCUAUUGGAGAGUCCAGCCAUUCAGAUCUCAGACAUUAAGAUGACCGAUGAGGGAAGGUACAUCUGUGAAUUCGCCACUUUCCCCAGCGGAAACGAGCAGGGCGUCACCAACCUCAUCAUUCUAGCCAAGCCCUCAAACACCGCCUCCACGGUCACCGUACAGGCUGGCACAGCCCCGGUCAUCGUGGCCCACUGCCAGUCGGCCAACGGGCAUCCGCCGGCGAACAUAUCCUGGGGGGCUUCAGUGGGGGGCAACGGAACGACCCGGACAGAGAACCAGGACCGCACGGUGACAGUGAAGAGCGAGUACUGGUUGGUGCCGACUCCGGCCGACAACGGCAGAGACGUCAGCUGCGAGGUGUCGCACCGGACGCUGUCCAGCCCAGAGACUUUCCCCAUGAAGCUGAGGAUUGAAUAUCCUCCUCAGGUUCAGAUUGUGGGGUAUGACAGUAACUGGUAUUUAGGACGCACAAACGCUGUGCUGACCUGCCAGGCUCAGGGGAACCCUCCUCCCACCACCUUCACCUGGAGAACGACGUCGGGUCAGAUGCCGGAGACGGUGCAGGUGAAGCAGAACACUCUGACCGUGCUGAAAGUGGACGAGACCGUGAACACCACUUUCAUCUGUGAGGUCAGGAACCGCGUCGGCACAGGAACGGACCAGGUCAGCGUGAUGGUCAGGGAUAACAGGACUUCAGUAUAUGCAGCUUCUGGAGGCGCCGUGGUUUUGCUUCUGAUAUUCACUGCAGUCUUUUUGUGGAUGAGGAGACGAGCAGCAGUGACCAGCAGAGAGACAGAGAAGAGCAGAGAGGGAGCUUCUGCUCCUGCGUACGAUGGGAUCUCCACCCUGGCUGUGACCUCUGAGCCCCCAAGAGCUGCAUCCUCAGAUGAUCAGGAUGAUGUUCAGUACGCCACCGUUCAUUUCUCACGCUCUCAGAUGAAGGACGUUCCUCUCAACUCCACCGUCCACCCGUCAAACGUUCUGCUUCAAGAAGAGGAAGUGCAGUACGCCGCAGUGAACACUGCUAAACCAGGAACUGCUCAGAAAGAUGAAACCCUGAUCUACGGCAUGGUCCAAAAGAGCCUGAGAAGAUAAAACUCCACCACUUCAGCAGCCGACGCACAAUAUUAGUCAAGUGCAAAUACUCUUCAUGUAUUUAUAUACUCGGGAAUAAAAGUGGGCUUCCCAGCUCGGAAAUCCUAAAGCAUUUUAAUAAUUUCUAUUAAUUCUUUUAAAUACUGUUCCAAGCUCAGUGGUAAAAAGAAGCAGCAGACUGAAAUCAGGCAUGUGAUCAUUGUUUUGUACCAACACUGCCGUAUCACUGUAAAUGUACACGGCUUUGUUCUGUUUAGUGAGGCAAAAUGAGCAGAAAUACUGCUGGCCAUUAAAAUCACAACACCAAGGAAGUAUAUGAGUAAUAAAGAGUCUUAUUGCAUGCAGUUAAAAAUGCAAAUGAAUUAAAUAGGAUGAAAAUAUUACUAGAAGAACUGGGAUAAAAUGUACAUCAAAGCAUUUUUAUAUUCAGUGAGUUCCAGUACUUGAUGUAUAUACUGAAUACCGGUAUGUUGGCGUAUGGCUUGAUGAUGCAUUUACAUUAAUAAGCCAGUCAUUAAAUGUAGAUAAAAGCCUAAAUUUUAUUAAUAAGAUGUUUAGUUUUAGUUUAUUGUUUAUUAUUUUUGUUAUUUUUACUUACUUUGUGCUACUUUAUGUCUGUUUCAGAUCAGAGGAUUGUUUUUGAUUUAUUAAUGAUUGUUACUUUGUUCGAUUAAUCUUGUUAGUUUUGAUUUGUUUUAGUUGAUUUUGUUUUUAAAGGCCUGCGAUGUGAUAGGAAGACGGAAGCAGCUGUGUUCUUCCUUUAAUUUGAGUAUUUAAAAAAAGAAAUAAUGGGGGGGGGGGGGGGGGUAGUGAGAACGUAAAGGAUGUUAUUGUUCCUGCUUUUCUAACAGAUCUACUGUACACAGCGGUGCAGUUCCUCGCCUCAUUUACUGUGAUCGGCUGUUUCUCUAAUAAAGCACUGAAAGCCCUGCUGGGUUCAGGGGGGGCGUUGUUUGGGUUCUAGAGAGUAACAGAAGAUCAGUAAUGAGGAGAGUCGUGUGGGUUCAGUGUGAUUCAUAUCAUGGGUUCAGCACCACCUACUGGCUGGUCAGUGAAAUGCAGCAUCUUCUGCUUUAAGGAAUUCUGGGAAACUCACAGUAAAGACUGAGUGCAUUGCUGUGGGUCCUCACUGCUCCGGACUGUGGACCCAGAACGCUCUAAAUAUCACAGUGAAGUGCUGUAAUUAUCAAUAUUAGCUUCUAUAUUCAUAAUUAACACCACUUACAGACCAACAUACUGAAGCUGGGAUUAUCAGAACGAGCGUUUCAGUCAUUUUACUGUUAGAGCCGCAGGAGGCUGCGCUAGUGUUAGCGAGUUUUAUUCACACAGAUAAUCUGACCGAGUUACAGCUGAACCUGUGUGUUGUGGCUGUAUAUUCACUCCAAGUCAUUUCCAUUGUGUUUGUUAUUUUCUGCUGUGUCUACAAACCAGCAGGACAGGAGCUGCUUUAGUGGUUAUUUUUCAUGUUCACCACCAGAUGGCGGUGUUUCUUAGCUUUCUGUUUUCCUGUAUUUUCUUACUGCAACUAGAAAAAAACCUUAUAGCAAUGUCUGAUGCUGAAGUGAAACCUGAUGAGUAUCAAUAAGUAUUACAUGAUUGUAAACUUACAGUAAACGUAGAGUAGAAGUAGUUGAGGUGUCUGUUUUAUCAUUUUAAUUUUGAGGAUAUUCAUCUAACACAAAGUCUGGAAAGAUAAAUGGACCACAUUGCUAAUGAAACUGUUGGCAUAUUCACUGCACAAUAAACAGAGCAUCACUCGCAAUGUCACUUUCCUGGACUUGGAAUGAGCCUGGAAUAACUGGACUGUCAGUGCGGUUUUUCCCGCGUUUACAUUUAGGCCAGGGAUGUCCGGUCUUAUCCGAAAAGGGAGUUUUCAUUUAAGUCAAGAAGAACACUCGUUUAAUCAGAUUGUCUCAGUCUUUAAACAACUGAACGUCUGACUCGUUUGUUGCAAUGAGAACCUGCAGCCACACCAGUGUGGGAUUUUUGAAGAAAUAUGUCCUAAAAUCACCUUUUAAUAAAAGUUUUGUAAUAAUAAUUUCCUUAGAAAUGAUUAAAGACGGAGUUAUGAGCAU